AUGACGCCGCAUCUUCACCACGGCCAGCUGCCCAAUUCCACCGCUCUUCCAGAUGAUGCCACCGACAACUACGACCCAGAGAGGCAGGCGUCCAUGCUUCGCAGCGUCGAUGCGCACAUUGCCCUUGCCCACUCAUGCCUCCCCGAGCUGCAGGCCCUCUAUCACCAACUGAGCCAAACCACCAAGCUGCCUGCCCUCAGCGGCCUACCGUCCUUCACACAGGCUCUUCGCGAUGGGCUCUCGUCGCUGCUCAAGCUCCAAGCGCAGCUGCAGUCGUCCUCGUCUCUCACAACUGACGCUCUCACCGCACUUGCGCAAAAGAUCGACCCAUGCAUGACUGACAUAUCACACGCCGCUACGCACUGGUCCAUCCUGCGCCGCAGCACCGCUCUUGUCGCCGUCAACCGCACGUUCCAGACCUCUGCGCAGUCGGACCGCCGCGCCAACAUCUCCAAGUUCAACGCCGCCGCCACGGGCCGCGAGAAGAGCCAGCUGCACCGGACCCUCAAGGAGCAGGCCAAGACCGAGGUCGAUGUCGUCGCCGCCGGCGCCGAGUGGCUCUGCAUCCGCUGGAUCACGCGCGACCGCCUCGCCCGCCAGAUGACGGACAGCGGAUGGUCCUGGGGCGACUAUAGCCCUGGCGACGUCGUCGACGAGGACGAGUGGGAGGACAUCUCGCUGGCCAAGAACAUCCGCAAGCUGGUUGCCGCCGCGCGCAUGCAUCGCCACGAGUACCGCAUCCCCAGGCUGCAUAUUGUCCUGCCCAAGCUCUCGUGGCCCGACGACGAUGUCGACAUUCCCGUCCUGCUUACCAACCUGGCUGCUAUAGACUCUGGCGCAAAUAUCACCAUCUCGCACGCGGCGUCGCCCUUUCUCACGGCGCCUCUGCCGCCGCUCGCCACAUCUCUCAGCAACCUGAUGCACGAUGACCUCGCCACGCUCACACCCACGCUAAACAUGGAUCACACCAUUCUCGUGGACCUGAUCUCGGACCUGAGCCAUGCCCGGCUAACGCCGCAGCCAUGGCAAGCACCGACUACGCGCGCGCAAAUUGCCGACGAAAACACGUCUCCGGACGGCGUCAUGCUGCGCACGCUGCAUCCCAUCCUGGCUGGUCGCACGCUUCUGUGCACACGGGAAGCAGCAGAGCACUUCCACGACAUGCUUGCCACCGUCGGCACCUCUACGGAGCGCCGCCGCGGCCGCCUGCUUGUACCGCUGCACCAGCCUGAAAGCGGCAUGGAUAGCGCUGCCGUGCGGUCUGCGUUCCAGGAAUUGUCGGCGCACACCAUCCCGCAGGACAUCCAGCUGCCUGUGAAGAUGCUCCCUGAUGAUGAGCGCUGGGACGUGGCGGCGGUUUGUGCUGCCGUCGAGAACGGCUCACUGCCUGCUGUGGCCCGUGAUGUUGCAGAGAAGGGCGUCGGAGGCGGAACCCUCAAGAGCAGCAAGCUGAGUAUCUACAUGUACGGCUGGUGGAGCGGGCAUGCGACGCUGACGUCAAAUAAGGAGAUCAAGGCACAUAUGAGCACUUGGGUGGAAAGAGGCCGGACGGCCGACGACGAAACUGGACCGCGUAUCUGGUGCGUGGGUGUGACUAGGAAUCUGCUGGCAAAAAGUGCCGAGCCGCCCCCAGGAUGGACACCCGGCCAUGAAAAUAUAAGUGAACGUGGGUAUAAACCAAAUUCAUAA